AUGCCCUACUACUACCCCUACCCAUACCCCAUCCCGCACUACGCUCCCAUCGUACCCGUCUACCCUAACACAACAGUAACCGCAGUUUCCGCCCCCAUAAUCCAUCAAAUGCCAGGCUUCAAUCCACUUCACGGACAAGAUCCCGGUCCUGCACCUCCUGGCAUAGGAAAUCACGUCGCGGGUUAUGUUACUGACCCUGCGAGAUGCGCGAAUGAACUAAUUUUCUGGGGACUAGGUUUGGCGACAAUAGGUCCUCCGGUAGUGAGAGUUGCACCAAUAGUAGCAGUACCUCAACCGCAUACUUCGAAUGCGUGUGCAAAUUGUCGGAAUCAAGAUGCAAAUCCUACUGCAGCGAAUGCAACUGCCAGUCCUCCAACUCCAACUCCAGAACCAAAACCUCCCGCCACCAAACCAAAAUCCAUUCUCAAACCAACAAUAACACCAACUCCUGCUCCCGACCCAGCAUCUUCAUCUUCUUCGCCUCCUUCAUCUCCCACAAAGUCUAAGUCUAAACCCAAAUCUAAGCUCGAACCUCCGCUUGAUAUACUCACUCAUGCAAAUACAAAUAAGAAUGCGAACCACAAUCCGAAGUCAAAAUGCUGA